UGGGAACAGUGACAUCCAAUAAUAUUUAAAAACUAUUUUGAAUUUUAACAACAAGAAAAAAAUGAAAAACUACUUUAAUAUCUUUAUCAAAUGUGAAAAAAGAAGAAAAAAAAAAAAAACAGAGACGGGCACAGCUAUGCCAACUCAAAUUCAGUUGUCAGUUGAACUUGAUCGACAUCUUGGCGAACGUUACGUCAGCGCAGAUGAAUUGUCAAUUAAAGAAUUAGGACCACCAAGACCAAAUUUAAACAUCAAACAUGUAUCUACAAAGGGCGGGAAGUCGUAUACAAGAGAGGACUGAACAUGUGCUCUUCAGGAAUCCACGCAAUUCUUCUGGUUUUCCCUUUACACACUUUCACUGAGCAAGAUGCAGAUACCAUGUUCUUAUUCAAGCAGAUGUUUGGUGAAGACGCCAUGAAACACACAUUAGUCCUGUUCACACAUGGAGAUGAGCUUCAAAAUAAAUCAAUCGAUCAACUAAUAAGAUGUAAUGCAGAGCUGUCCAAACUAACAGAGGAGUGUGGAGGGAGAUUUCACUUACUGAACAACAAAGAUCUGAAUGACAGAGAGCAGGUCACCAAACUCCUGAUGAAGAUUGAACGAAUGGUUUGUGAAAAUGAGAAUAGCUGCUACACUUUACAAAUGUUUAAAGAUCAGUCAGAAGUAUUUCUGCUGAGAUUUACAAAGCUAAAAUUUAUGUGUGCAGUCAGUGUUGUCACUGUAUUUGUACUGGGUUGUGUUAAUAUGAGGAAUGAAGGUUCAUUCGAUGUUAAAACAUUUCUGUACGGUUGUGCUGGAGGUGUGUUAUCAGCAGUGACAGGAGCCACUUCAGGAGCUGUUUGCACGCAGAUAUGCAACAGAUGGGUCAGGAGAUUCACUGAAGAUCAGCUGAAAUACGUCAAACUGUUGGAAAUCAUGAGUGGCUGUGCUACUGGGAUGAUCACUGGGUGUUUUGUGGGUCCUGCAGGUCCAGCAGCUUCAUUAUUGAGAGGAAUACUGGGGGCUGUUGGAGUUCCACUUUUCUGGAAUUUGCAUGAUAAAAUAUUAUAA